AUGGGACUGGAGGAGCUGGGAAUUGAAGCCCUGAUCUUCCGAUUGGUUGUCGACCGCUCUUAUAUCCUCUUGCAGUUCUAUCUGAGCAUCAACAACAUUUGGAAUGUUACUGGAAGGGUGCGACUGGCUGGCUUUGGUUUAUGUCGCUGGUCACCUGAUGAAGAAACAACCUUGUACACAGGCCGCGCAGAACCACAAAACUGUAUGGCCAGUGAGACUUUGACCGGAGAAGACAACGGACCGCUCAACUGUACCACUGAUAUAAAGGCUGCCGGGAUGCUGGUUGAUUAUGUCCUCUCCAGAGGACAACAUCAAUUUAAUAUCAGUAUUCAUGAAAGGAAAUACAAUUUGGACCAGGAUUUUGAAGGUGUGCUGGCUAAGGACCUUAUUGAGUGGAUGACUGACAAGAAUCCAAACAACAGACCUGGAGUGCAAAACUGCUUGAACCAUCCCUUCCUCUGGUCCCCUAAAAAGAAACUGGAGUACCUGAUAAAUAUUGGAAAGAUGGAAGAUGUGGCAAUGUUUAAAGGAGCCUCCCAGACCUUAAUUUCUUCACUGGAGGCUUACGCUCCGCUUGGAUACUUCAGAGGAUGGAAAAAUAAGUUUCCAGCGGACUUGGUCGAGCUGAUGGAUGGCAAGAAGAAAGAGCCCUGUUACACUGACAAUGCGUUCGGAUUGCUGCGCUUCAUACGAAACGCCCAAGAGCACUAUCUGAAGUACAUCGAAAAAGUUGACGUGAUCUCGGCGUUCCCUCCUCUCUUUGGAUGCGCUUACAAAUUUGCCAAAAGCCAAAGGUGGAAUUUGGAUCCACGUCUGAAGCAAAUGUUUAUAACAGAAGAUGCCUUCUAUUCCCCUCCAGCAACCUCUGAGGAGAAUCUCAGCACCCCAGUUCAAGAAUCUCAGCAGGUUUUUACAGUGCCAUUUACCCUGCUGCAAUGAGUACACCACUACUAUUGUUUUGAUUUGCACACCAUAGGAUACGACUGUCCACCCCAUCUUUCUCACCUGCAGUAUGCUGAAGUCUGUGUGAAAGGGGGGGUCGGGUAACAAUAGGUCCCUCGUCCCCGGAGCACAGCAUGAAGCAUAAGCCUGCUGCAAUUAGGAGAGGAAGGGGAGGACUAGUCCAAUUCUGGGUAGUGAAAAUCUGUCACUCUUGCUUGGCUUCAAAAUCUGUCGUCUACUUGGACCAUUUAUGCCUGAUAUCUG